AAGUAGUUUUAUCCCCUAUAUCAAUGGCGCUCUCGGGCUUUGGGCUUGCGCAUAAAAAGCUUGUCUUUUUUCAAGGGAUCAGUGGAAGAAGACACGCCGGAACAACGUUGGCAUAUGCCGUAACAUUGUCUCCUCCUCCUCCUCCUCCUCCUCCUCCUCCUCGUACAAUGUCGCAUGAGUUGACCGCAGCACUCGCGGCUGAUGCAGUUUCGAACCACACGGAGAAGCCCGCUGCCCAUGGACGAAGGGCUUGCGUUUUCUACAAGUUGAUCGUGGAGUCCAUCAUCCAGGAGAAGCAGCUGGGACUUCCGAAAAGAUUUGUUCAGAAAUUUGGAGAUGAACUAUCCAAUGCUGUUACACUCACCACUCCCAGUUCUGGUAUAUGGCAAGUGGGCUUAAGAAAAGCUAAUCAAAGGCUAUGGUUUGAUGGCGGCUGGCAGAGAUUUAUUGAACAUCACUCUGUUUGUGCCGGGUACUUUCUGGUUUUUCAGUAUGAAAGGAACUCCAAUUUCCUUGUGUACAUGUUUAACUUAACUGCUUCCACGGAGUUCGCUCAUACCACUCUUGGGAGGUCUGAAGAAUUGAGUCAUGGCAAGCAAGUUGCAUUUCCUCUGGAGCAAAAUCGAGAGUCUAGUAACAUUCUCAAAGUUCGAAAACUUAGCCCUGCCUUCCCAAUUUCCAGCUAUUCGAGGAACAAGGCUUCUACUGACCUUGUCAAUCAGAAGAGAUCAGACCGUAUAUAUAGUGUCAUCAACCUUGAGGACCAUAAGCAUGAGAUUAACGGGAAAAAUCUCCUAUCAAGAAACCAUUCAGACUUUCUCCAUCUGAAGGGUAACAAUACUCGUGAUAUAGGGGUACAAGUCGAUGUUAAUGAACUUAGAGAAGCAGGGAAUGGAGUUCAGUCUCCUUUGUCUCACCAAUCAAGAUAUCCCAAAAGGAGAAAGCAAAUAGCUGAGCCCGAUGAGAAAGAGUUGUCGGCCGAAGAAAAGUUGGGAAGCGAACCAUCUCCUUCCGGCGAUGUUUCCUCCCAAAGUUCUUCCAGACAGUCGAAAGCCACAAGGCUUGUAACUGCUGAAGCGAGAGAACUGGCGAUCCGGGCAUCGGAAAUGUUUGAGCCUGACGGCCCUUUCUGCCGAGUGGUCAUGCGACCAUCCUUCGUACAUGGAAAAUUUAUUCUGCACCUACCCUCCUCCUUCGCCCGGAUGCAUCUGAAGGACUUGUCUGGGGACAUCAAACUUCAGCUUCCUGAUGGCAAGCAAUGGCCUGUGCGGCGCAUUUUCAACCGUGGCAAAGCUAGUAAGAUCAGCAGAGGUUGGCGUAAAUUUGUGACAGAUAAUAAUCUGGAGGAAGGAGAUGUCUGCAUCUUUGAACUGGUAGAGACAGAGGACGUUGUGCUAAAUGUUACUAUAAUCCGAGUUCUAGAGGACAGGAACUCACAGCAGUGAGUCGGCCGCAAUAGAUCUUGUGCUUCGUAACUAUGUUUUCCCUGUGAAUAUGGUAUCGGUGAUUGAGAUCUUUAUGAUAGUGUUUCUUUC